AUGGGGGUGGGGAGAGAAGAAAAAAGUGAAUGGAGUGAACCGGUAGUGCUGCAUGUUGUGGAUAGGGGACAAACGAAUAAUUUAGGAAUAGCUUUUGAAGAAUUAGUGAAGAAAAUGGGAGAAAAAGCACAUCCGGAGUUGACUUGGAGGCCGAUAAGGGCCGCGGGGCAGGGUGUACCGGGACGGGUGUCCAUGCAGACCGGAUCCUAG